AUGGAGUUGGACAUAAUUAGCAACUUACCAAGUGAUGUUAUAGAACAAAUUUUGUCACAUUUGCCCAUUAGAGAUGCAGUGAGGACAAGUAUUUUAUCAAGAAACUGGAGAUACAGAUGGGCUACGAUUCGUCAUCUUGUGUUCGAUAAUCUGUGUGUCUCAACUCAAAAGCGUAUAAGCUUUGUGAACAUUGUUGAUCAUGUACUCCAAGGUCACAUUGGCCCCAUUCACAAGUUUGAGCUUUCUUAUUUAGAUGGUGUAGCCAGUCGGGAUAUUCCUAUAGUGUUCCUUCUUAUAUGUUUUCCUGAGCAAAGAGAACCAACCAAGUCCCGUUCGAAAUCGGAGAUGGAGUUGGAUAGAAUUAGCAACUUACCAAGUGAUGUUGUAGAACAAAUUUUGUCACAUUUGCCCAAUAGAGAGGCAGUCAGGACAAGUGUUUUAUCAAGCAACUGGAGAUACAGAUCGGCUAUGCUUCCUCAUCUUGUGUUUGAUUAUCAGAGUCUCUCAAGAAUAAAACAUGUACUUCUAGGUCACAUUGGCCCCAUUCACAAGUUUAAGCUUUCUCACUUUGGCUGUCUAGCCACUUGGGAUAUCGAUCGAUGGAUUCUUCGUCUAUCUAGAAACUCUAUCAAAGAGCUCAUACUUGUAAUUUGGGAAGGGGGGCACUACAGAGUUCCUUCAUAUUUGUACCGUUUAGAGUUAUUUCGUUGUUUGCUAAAACCUCCGCCAACAUUCAAAGGCUUCAGGAAUUUGAAAAUCCUUGUUAUUGACCAUGUUACCCUGGCCCGAGAUGUAUUCCACAAUCUAAUUGCUUGCUGUUCUCUGCUUGAAAAGUUGACUUUGUUAGGGUUCACUUUCACCCAUCUCAAGAUUGAUGCACCAAAUCUCCAAUUCCUUCAUGUCGAAGGUGAUUUUGACGAUGUUACUUUUGAGAAUACCUUAAAUCUGGUUGAUGUUUGCAUUUCUAUGGACAAUUAUGUCGACCAAAGAUGGGUUCGCAACAGUUCUAGCAAUUUGGUCAAGUUUUUGGUUCACCUGCCUCAUAUUCAGAGGCUAAAAAUUCAGGGAUUCUUUUUACAGAUUUUGGCAGUUGGUGCCUUGUCAGCAGAGCUUCCUAAGCCCUGUCUAUGUCUGAAUUUUCUUUCCAUAAGCAUAAACUUUAAUGAUCCGGGGGAGAUUUUAACUGCUCUACGCCUUCUGAGAAGCUCCCCUGAAGAACUAGAAAUUUCUGCCGACCCUUCUCUUCAAGAACGAGGAUUUUCUGCCGACCAAGAGGUUCAGGUUGAUUUGUCAGAAAUGAACUCUUUAUAUGGCAACUACAUUUGCCCAUUCACCCAACUGCGACUUGUCAAAAUAUCAGACUUCUCUGAUGUCAAAACUGAAUUAGAUUUCAUCAGAUUUCUGCUUUUAAAUUCUCCUGUGCUUGAGAAGAUGAUUGUUAAGCCUGCUUUUGCCGAUGGUUCUUUGGAGCUCCUUAAACAGUUGCUCCGGUUAGGUCGUGCCUCAGUGCAUUCGGAGAUAAUCUUCUUGGACCCUGAUUUGGACUUUGGCAUCUAAGAUGAGAGGACUUGCUUGAAGGAAUGAAUGUGGUUUUGGACUGCUGGGCACGUCUGCCUAUGUUUCUCAUACUUGCAAAUUAUCUUUGUGGAGGCAUAUGCUAAGUUAAGUCUCUUGGGGAUUAUUAGUUAGGUUAGAUUGAUAUGAGCUCGUUUGCCAAUUUACAACAACAAAGUCCCACAAAUUUCCUGUAACAGUGAAAAUACUAGGAAUAUGUUUUCCCAAACACUUUCCUCAGCUUCGUAUAUGUAUGGGUUUUAUCCACUAUAUCCCGGAUCUCACCUCAUGUGUGUAAGAGUUUGCAAAAUAAUUAGGAAAUUUAGUUGAAUUCUAAAGCCUUUUUCAAAAGUCAAACAAAGCAUACAUCUAGGAGGUACAAAAUAA